GGCAUGCGCAUAUUCUGUUCGGCUGUCAAAAUAAUCAGUCAGAGAUGAGAAAUACAUAUUUCCAAUUGAUUGCCUGGUAUUAAAUUUCAUCAACAAAAAUAGGCAGUUUCUUUAACAGAGUGUAAAGAUAUCUCUGUGAAAAGUUGUGAGUGAAUCGAAAUAGAGUAAAGAUCUAGAGGAAUUCGCUUCAGCCGCAGUAGGCUUUGUUUUCCACCUGAUUUUUGACGUCUAGUAGUGAAUCACUAGCCCCCAGGCAACUGGAUUGUUCGUAAUUUAGUGAUAAAACCUCCAAUUUUGUAAAAAAGAGUCUAGCCAAUACGUUCUAGCAGAAUGGAGGCUGUAGCCAAACACGAAUUUACUGCCACAGCUGACGAUGAGCUGAGCUUCCGAAAGGGCCAAGUCCUGAAGGUGCUAAAUAUGGAGGAUGAUAUGAACUGGUACCGAGCUGAAUUGGAUGGGCGAGAGGGCCUCAUCCCAAGUAAUUACAUUGAAAUGAAACCACACGAUUGGUAUUACGGCAGAAUAACCAGAAGUGAUUCGGAAAAGCUGCUGCUCAACAAACACGAAGGAGCGUUUCUGAUUAGAAUUAGUGAAACCAGUCCAGGAGACUUUUCUUUAUCAGUCAAAUGCUCUGAUGGGGUUCAACACUUCAAAGUACUGCGCGACGCACAAGGCAAAUUCUUCUUGUGGGUAGUCAAAUUUAACUCGCUCAAUGAGCUUGUAGAGUACCACAGAACCUCGUCCGUUUCCAGAUCACAAGAUGUAAAAUUGAGGGACAUGGUGGCAGAUGAAUAUUUAGUCCAAGCCCUCUAUGAUUUCACGCCACAAGAAGUAGGGGAGCUGGAAUUCAAAAGAGGAGACGUGAUCACCGUGACUGAUCGUUCUGAUCAACAUUGGUGGCAUGGCGAAAUCGGUCAUCGUAGAGGCUUGUUUCCAGCUACUUAUGUAACGCCAUACCACACGUAAGCAACGCAAAGUAAUCGUUUAUUGUUUGACAAAACUCUGAGGAAAACUAAGCCUCGGUACAGUGUAGCGCGCCUUUUGAAAUUGAAUGUCAGUUACACAUUUUUGAAUAUCCUGAUGAUUUAGAUCAGUCCAUUUAGCUUUUAUGAAUAAUAUUGGGCCCAAGGUGACAAUUUGCCAUCAAAAUCCUUGAGUAGUUCUGGGAGAAACAUUGAAACCGCUCAAUAAUGUUUUCUAUUACUGAUACUCGAUUUUCCUCUUUCGUUUGUCAACACUAUACACAUGCAUUUAAAAAUGAUUAUUUUCAUUUUUAAAUUAAAUCUUGAUUUUUCUUAUGUUGAUGAAAUAAAUCUGACGAAGCAAACGUGGCAUUAACCUGAACUACUUUAAUUUAUAAUGCUUCAGUAAGUUAAGUGCAAUAUUGAUUAUUAAUGAUAAUUCAAGCCGAUGUUAUGUCGCAUUGGUUUAUCCUAAAUAAAUUCCAUCUAAAGUGAAUGAGUAACUACGGAUUGCUAUUGAAGAAUAGUGGACUAAAUCAGAGUCGAUAUACGCAUUAUUAAUAAUCACCAUUGCCCAGUAUGUUAGAAAUUGCAAACAAUUUUGAAAACGUGUGAUUUUUAGUUAGUAAUUAAUCUGGUGCAUUAUCAACUACAUUAUUAUUAUAUGAUUUGAAGUGGUUAACGUUUUGUCUUUGAGGAUGUUUUUGAUUCCAUGAUUUUGCUCAUACUUAAAGAUGACGAAAGGUGAGUUAAAACUUUAUAAGCUCAAAAAAACAUAAGUUGCUGUCGUCGCGUUCUCAUUCUGCCUUUAUGAUAUAAUCAUAACGGUUUUUAUCAAUAGCCUUUAUACAACCGUGCAAAAUAGAGAUUGUUGUUGCAACACCAAUUACACGACCAUUGAAUUAAGUGAAGGAAGAAUAAGUUAUUGAAAAACAGUUUUUCGUACUUCAAUUUUUUAUGGUUUAAUUAAGAACAUGAAUGUAACUUUGGUAUUAUCAACUUCUUUUUUGUUCCAAUUAUACCAACUAUCACUGAAUCUGUUUGAAAGUAAAUAUUUUUGUAUUCAAAUGAAAUAAGCCUACUGGCAUAUAUAAAAUUUAGUCAUUAGAUGUUUUAAAGCGUUUUGAUACGAUUUGACGUUUCAUAUGGGGUUUUAACUAAUAAGCAUUGAUUUUCCGAUAUGCUCACAGAAAAGUUGUCUCUAUAUGUAUAAGUAUCUGAAUAUUAAAGUAAUUUUAGGCGGCUCUAUCUAGUGAUAUAAUUUAUUAGUUAAUUCUCGCUAUUAAAAAUGCUUGGAUGCCAUUUAACACAUAGGUUGUUUUUCUUUAGAGGAUUACAAAAUCCUCGAAUCAGUAGUUACAGGAACGUUUCAUUAGCAAACUGAAAAUGUGUCAAUUCAGAUUGCUACUCUGCAUACAUCUAUAUAUAAUAUAAUAUAAUAUAUAUUAUAUUUUACUAUAAUAUAUUCACGAAUUCUGUUCUGUUUUAACUAAUUUCUUUAUUUGAACCACCGACGUUUUAAUAGAUUCCCUUUAGUUUUGAGAAUAUUCUCAGAUUCUAACGUUCCCUUUUAAUGUUAAAGGCCCAUAGUUAUACACAAAAGAUUAGUUGAUUUGAUCGAUAAAAACUGUGUAUAGAAACCUUUAAAAAAUUAACAUAUCUGCAAACAAAAACUAAUAUGUUAUAGAGAAAUGCCAUCAUAUCACAACAUUUUUGUAAAUUAAGAAAACACAAGUUUCGUUACAACAAAUAUUUUUUAAACGAUGUUAACAUUUCUAUUAAGCAUAUUUAGUUAUCAGUUGUUUUCAACAAAAUUAUAGAUUUGAAUUCGGUAGCAAUCAUUUUAAUUCCCAAGUCUAUUGGGCUCAACGUGACUCUUUCCAAUUUAAACCUUGUGCUUCAUGAUGCAGUUACACGCAGAAAAUUAAUUUUAUAUCAAAGAUGGCAAAAGUGACACAUUUUUUCACUUUCUACUUGAAAUUAUAUUUUCCAAAUUAUAUGUAUGCAAUAUCAAUUCUUUUUCCAUACAGACAAAUAAACCACAUCAUAAUGUAAGCAUAAUUUCUAGGCAGAUAUUUUCCAAAUCAAUGCUAACUUGUCACUAUUAUUGGAAUAUGUUUUCUCUUAAUGUAGUUCCGUGUUUAGUUCAGCAUACAGGGUGUUUACCGUGUCGAUUGGUUGGUGUAGUUGGCCUUCCUAUUUUGCCAAAAAUAAAAACGAAUUUUUUACAUAUUAGAUUAGGAAUAUUAUAUUUAAAAAAUUAAGAUUUUUCAGAUACAUUAACACCCUGUGUGGUUUGUUUUCUGUAAAUAGUUGUCGAAGAAAAAAAUAUGAUUAGUACUGCCUAAGGUAACAAACACCAAGAGUAUAAUAUACCCUUGUAAUAAAUAAAGUAUGGUGUUGUAACAGGACAAUUUUAUGUUUAAUAACACCUGUUAUCAAGUAAGAAGUAUCUCAUUUUUUGGUAGGAAAUUAUAAUGUCCAUGUUACGGACUGUAUUAUACACUACAUAACAUUUUUGGCAUUACCGUUAUUUUUAAGUAUACCGAUUACCUUUGCGCACAAAAUUUACCGAUGCAUGUUGUGAUCAACUUUUUUGCAAAGGUAAUACACUACAUGAUAUAGCUUUUAUUUCUAGUUUAAAACUGUAUAUACUAACGUAGUUUAUGAAAUUUAUGCUGAUGAUAAGUGCAACAUUUAGAUAAAUAUAUGUUAUACAAGCUAGAA